AUGACCUUCCUCACCACCAUGACGAAAUACCUCGCCCUCUCGUCCGGCGAAAACAUCUUCUACCGCGAAGCCGGCUCCCCAACCUCACCCACCAUUGUUCUUCUUCAUGGCUUUCCUUCAUCCUCCCACCAGUUCCGCAACCUCAUCCCCAUCCUCGCCCGCCACUACCAUGUCAUCGCCCCAGAUCUCCCAGCCUUCGGCUUCACCUCCGUGCCCUCCAACUACACCUACUCUUUCGACAGCAUCGCCAACAGCAUCGACACCUUCCUAGCCGAAAUCCCAAACCCGCCCGAGAAACACAGCAUCUACAUCUUCGACUACGGCGCACCGACGGGCUUCAGACUCGCGCUGAAGCAUCCAGAGAAGAUCCAGGCUAUCGUUAGUCAAAACGGGAACGCCUAUGUCGAAGGUCUAGGCGCGUUCUGGGACCCCGUAAAGCAGCUCUGGGCGAGCAACAACUCAGCACCCGCGCGCGACGCUCUCCGCCCCUUUCUCGAAAUCGACGGCACCAAAAUGCAGUACUUCCAAGGAACUCCGGAUCCUUCCACAGUGGCUCCAGAAUCGUACACCUUGGACCAGGCGCUUUUGGAUCGGCCCGGAAAUAAGGAGAUCCAGCUAGAUAUCUUCUACGAUUACCGGAAUAAUGUGGAGUUGUAUCCGCAGUGGCAGGAGUACCUUAGAAAGACGCAGGUUCCGCUGUUGGCGGUCUGGGGAAAGAAUGAUCCAAUCUUUAUUGCGCCUGGGGCGGAGGCUUUUAAGAAGGAUCUGCCGAAUGCAGAGGUGAAAUUGUUGGAUGCGGGGCAUUUUGCGGUGGAGAGUAAUACGGUCGAGAUUGGGAGUUUAAUGGUUGAGUUUUUAAAGAAUGGGAUCUAA